AUGGACACGAUGAAUAACCCGCCUCUAAUGCCAUCUCCUCCAGACUCAUCGGGGGACGAUGACCAUCGCGACGAGGAGAUUCAUCAGCUUGCACGCUCAUUCUAUCGACUUUCGAAAGACAUCGUGAUCUCCGAUUCGGCGGAAGAGGGGAUCAACACCUUUCUGAACCCUACCAGCGACCCGGAGCUGGAUCCUAGCUCCGACCAAUUCAAGUCGCGCAAAUGGGUGAGGAACAUGCUGCAGAUGACCUGCCAGGACCCAAGCCGUCAUCCACGUCGCACUGCAGGUGUCUCAUUUCGCAAUCUCAACGUCUACGGCUACGGGACCGCUACCGACUACCAGACGAACUUUGCCAACAUCUGGCUCAAAGCUGCUAGGUCUAUCUGGAAUUGCUUUAUCUCACAGAAGAAGAUCCGAAUUGACAUAUUGCGCGACUUGGAAGGGAUCCUCCGUAGCGGGGAGAUGCUGGUGGUGCUAGGUCGUCCGGGCAGCGGAUGCUCAACUCUCCUCAAAACACUUGCCGGGGAGACGCAUGGCCUGUUCCUAGAUGACAAGGAGCAGGCCAAGGUACAGUACGACGGGAUCUCAUGGGAUGAUAUGCACAGUCGAUUCCGUGGGGAAGUGAUCUACCAGGCCGAAACCGAAAUCCACUUUCCUCAGCUGACUGUUGGUGACACACUCCUGUUUGCUGCUCAUGCGAGAGCGCCAAGCAACCGACUGGCCGGUGUUACACGCGAUCAGUAUGCGAUGCAUAUGCGGGACGUUGUGAUGGCGAUGCUUGGCUUGACCCAUACUAUGGACACCAAAGUUGGCAAUGAGCUGAUCAGGGGAGUCUCGGGAGGCGAGAGAAAGCGAGUCAGUAUUGCCGAAACCAUGUUAUGCAGAUGCUCCUUGCAAUGUUGGGACAACAGCACGCGCGGCCUUGAUAGCUCGACAGCCCUGGAGUGGGCCCGACAAAUCCGUAUUUCCACGAGCUAUACCGGAUCAAGUGCAGUUGUUUCACUCUACCAGGCGAGUCAGGCUAUCUACGACCUUUUUGACAGAGCAAUUGUCCUCUACGAAGGCCGCCAGAUCUAUUUCGGCAGUGCUACCGACGCACGACGCUUCUUCAUCGAUAUGGGCUUCGAUUGUCCCGAGAGACAGACCACUGGUGAUUUCCUUACAUCACUGACGAGCCCUUCUGAGCGUAUUGUGCGAGCAGGAUUUGAAAGCCUCGUUCCUCGGACACCUGAUGAAUUCGCAGAACGCUGGAAGACAAGCACAGAGCGCAAGAAGCUCCUGGUGGAGAUUAAAGCAAAUGAGUUUGAUGAGUCUGUUGCGGAUCAAAGAUUUGACCAGUUUGAUCGCUCUUGUGCAAUGGAGAAGUCAAAGCGAACUCGGUCGGGAACGCCCUACACCUUGUCAUAUGCGAUGCAGAUUCGCCUGUGCCUUUGGCGUGGUUUUCGACGUCUUCGAGGUGACUUGGCCAUGACCCUUGUCAGUGUCAUUGGAAAUUCCAUCAUGGGCUUGAUCCUUUCAAGCGUCUUCUACAAUAUGAAGAACAACACCGCCAGCUUCUACAGUCGUGGAUCAUUGCUCUUUUUUGCUGUCUUGAUAAAUGCAUUUGCCAGUUCACUUGAGAUUCUGGCAAUGUACCAGCAACGUCCCAUUGUUGAGAAACAUGCCAAAUACUCCCUUUACCACCCGUCAGCAGAAGCUAUCAGCGGCUUGAUCGUGGAGCUUCCUUCGAAGGUCAUUCUUGCCAUCCUGUUUAACGUCAUCAUCUAUUUCCUGCCAAAUUUGCGUCGAACGCCCGGUCACUUCUUCACCUUUUUGCUUUUUACUUUCACCACUACUCUCGUCAUGUCUACUCUAUUCCGUUGGAUAGGCGCAAUAUCACGAUCAGUGGCGCAAUCUGUGACACCAGCCUCAAUAUUCAUGCUGCUUUUGAUCAUUUACACCGGUUUUACCAUUCCUAUCCGGGAUAUGCAUCCUUGGUUCCGAUGGCUCAACUAUCUGGACCCGAUUUCCUACUCCUUCGAGUCUCUCAUGAUCAAUGAAUUCAGCAACAGGCAAUUUCCCUGCUCGGAUUAUGUACCGGGUCUCUUGGAAGUUUACAAAAGCGUUCCACUCAGCUCCAAGACCUGUUCAGGCAAGGGUGCCGUCGCAGGUCAGGAUUUCAUAGAUGGUGACAGAUACCUCAACACGACUUAUCACUAUUAUCAAUCCCAUUUGUGGCGAAACUUGGGCAUCCUCUUCGUCUUCCUUGUCGGGCUGCUUGCUAUGUAUAUCGUUUCCAGCGAGUAUGUUCGAGCCAAGCCUUCCAAAGGUGAAAUCCUGGUUUUCCCGCAAGGUAAAAUGCCAGGAUUCACCAGAAGCUCCACGAAGGACGAUCCGGAGGUUGUGAUCACAGCAGAGAAAUCCUCAGUCGUCGCCGAGCCUCAACACCAAACUGCCGCUAUUGCUCGCCAGACUUCCGUGUUUCAAUGGGAGAACGUAUGUUAUGACAUCAAGAUCAAAGGCAAUUCUCGGCGCAUUCUCGACUGUGUGGACGGCUGGGUGAAGCCUGGGACAUUGACGGCGCUAAUGGGUGUGACUGGUGCUGGGAAGACAUCGCUGUUGGAUGUUUUAGCUGACCGUGUCACCAUUGGCGUUAUCACCGGCGAUAUGCUUGUCAAUGGUCGAGCCCGGGAUGACUCGUUCCAACGAAAGACAGGAUACGUUCAACAGCAAGACCUUCAUCUUGAGACAAGCACUGUCCGUGAAGCUCUGGUUUUCAGCGCUCUCUUGCGCCAACCUUCCACUGUACCAUACAAUGAGAAGAUCUCGUACGUUGAAGAGGUUAUCCGCAUGCUUGGUAUGGAAGAAUUUGCAGAUGCCGUGGUCGGGGUUUUGGGCGAAGGCCUCAACGUGGAUCAACGAAAGCGUCUGACUAUCGGCGUGGAACUAGCAGCAAAGCCAGGCCUACUACUCUUCUUUGAUGAGCCGACCUCGGGUCUUGAUAGUCAAACGGCCUGGUCAAUUUGUACCUUGAUGCGAAACUUGGCUGACCACGGUCAAGCUGUGUUGUGCACAAUCCACCAACCCUCGGCUAUUUUGAUGCAGCAAUUUGAUCGCCUCUUGUUUCUGGCCAAGGGAGGCCGAACUGUGUACUUCGGCGAGCUUGGAAACAACAUGCAAACUUUGAUCAAAUAUUUCGAGGACAAGGGAUCGUCCAAAUGCCCACCAAAUGCGAAUCCAGCCGAGUGGAUACUGGAGGUGAUUGGUGCAGCUCCGGGGUCUCACGCCGACCGAGACUGGGGCGAUGAGUGGGUCAAAAGCGCUGAGCGUGCCGAACUUCGCCGUGAACUUGCAGCAAUGAAAGCAGAAUCGCUGAGCAAGCCUCCACCUGCUAGUGCCGAGUUUGCCGAGUUUGCGAUGCCGAUCUGGUAUCAGUUCCUUGUUUGCAUUCGUCGGAUGUUCCAACAGUACUGGAGAACCCCAGUGUAUCUUUAUUCGAAGGCAGCUGUCUGCAUACUUCCACCACUUUUCAUCGGAUUUAGCUUCUGGCAUUCACCCACCAGCUUGCAAGGACUGCAGAACCAAACGUUUGCCAUUUUUAUGCUGCUCACCAUAUUUCCCAAUUUGGUGCAGCAGAUGAUGCCGCAUUUCGUCACGCAGCGCGCUUUGUAUGAAGUCCGAGAGCGACCCUCCAAAGCAUAUUCAUGGAAGGCCUUCAUGGUAGCCAGUAUCUUCACCGAGCUGCCAUGGAACGUAUUGUUCGCAGUCCCGGUUUUCUUCUCGUGGUAUUAUCCGAUCGGGUUGUAUCAUAAUGCCCAGCCCACCGAUGCAGUUGCCGAACGUGGUGGAGUCAUGUUCGUUUUCAUCUUGGCUUUCUUGAUGUUUACGUCCACUUUCAGCUCCAUGAUGAUUGCUGGUAUAGACCAAGCAGAGACCGCCAGUAACAUUACCCAAUUGAUGUUCUCGCUCUGUUUGACCUUCAAUGGUGUGCUUGCGAGCCCAUCGGCUCUUCCUCGCUUCUGGAUCUUUAUGUACCGCCUAUCUCCAUUUACGUAUCUCGUGUCCGGCGUACUUUCAACAGGGCUGGGUGGGACGGAGAUCAAAUGUUCCGACAUCGAGUUGCUUACUGUCAUGCCUCCAGCGGGACACAACUGCUCCAGCUAUCUGGAUCCCUACGUGCACGCUCUGCAUGGAAAGUUGAUCAAUCCAGAGGCAUCGACAGAGUGCAAAGUGUGCCCAAUUUCAAGCACCGAUCAGUUCCUUGCUCUUCUCAACAUGGACUAUUCAGAUCAUCAGCGCAACAUCGGGAUCUUGUUUGCCUUUGUGGUGUUCAAUAUUGUGGCAGCAGUGUUCCUCUACUGGCUGUGCCGCGUACCCAAGCGCAAGUCGCGAACAGUCAAAGCUUGA